GCCAGAGCAGCCGAUUGGCAGAGCGGUGCUUUCAGGAACAAUAACAGUGGGGGGACCCCGGGGCCCGGGGAGCCGCCCCGCCCCCCGGCCCGGCCGCGAGGCUCGCGCCCCCCGCUGGGUCCCCACCUCCGUGCCCGCCCCGCGGGCUGACCUGCCCAACAGGGGCCCGCCCCCGGCGCCCACCAUGUACGCCUUUGUGCGGUUCCUGGAGGACAACGUCUGCUACGCGCUGCCCGUGUCGUGCGUGCGCGACUUCAGUCCCCGCUCGCGGCUGGAUUUUGACAACCAGAAGGUGUACGCCGUGUACCGGGGCCCAGAGGAGCUGGGCGCCGGGCCCGACAGCCCCCCGCGCGCCCCCCGCGACUGGGGAGCGCUGCUGCUCCACAAGGCCCAGAUCCUGGCGCUGGCAGAAGAUAAAUCUGACCUUGAAAACAGUGUGAUGCAGAAGAAAAUAAAAAUCCCCAAACUUUCUCUCAGUCACGUAGACGAAGAUGGGGAGGUUAAAGAUUACGGGGAAGAAGACUCACAGCUUAGACACAUCAAGAGACCCGAGGGGCGGAAGCCGGGCGACGUGGCGCACAAGAGCAUCGAGGCCGUGGUGGCCCGGCUGGAGAAGCAGAACGGCCUGAGCCUGGGCCACGGCACAUGUCCGGAGGAGGUCUUCGUGGAGGCCUCACCGGGCACGGAGGACAUGGACAGUCUGGAGGAGGCCGUCGUGCCCCGGGCUCUGUACGAGGAGCUGCUGCGUAACUACCAGCAGCAGCAGGAGGAGAUGCGCCACCUCCAGCAGGAGCUGGAGCGGACUCGGAGGCAGCUGGUCCAGCAGGCCAAGAAGCUCAAGGAGUACGGGGCGCUCGUGUCCGAGAUGAAGGAACUCCGGGACCUCAACCGGAGGCUGCAGGACGUGCUGCUCCUGAGGCUUGGCAGCGAGGGAAGCACUGAGGACCAGAGAGGAACUAGAACAUGCCUAUGCCAUGUGGAAUCUGAACGAAUUCAUCAUCAUGAAGCUGGGAAGGUUAAUGUUCAGCCCAGGUGGGCGGAUGGAACCAGUCUAGCCAUCAGCAAGGCCCAGAGGCUGGCCACAUCCUCCUUUGCUGUGCCAGGUGGUUCUCUGAGUUUGGUUGCAGGUCCCGCCAUUGACUUGGAAAAAGUAAAGUCAGAAUGUCUCGAGCCCGAACCGGAGUUACGGAGCACUUUCAGUGAGGAAGCAAAUACGUCGUCCUAUUACCCUGCUCCUGCACCUGUCAUGGACAAGUAUAUCCUAGACAAUGGCAAGGUCCAUCUGGGAAGCGGGAUUUGGGUUGAUGAGGAGAAGUGGCACCAGCUACAAGUAACCCAAGGAGAUUCCAAGUACACAAAGAACUUGGCAGUCAUGAUUUGGGGAACAGAUGUUCUGAAGAACAGAAGCGUCACAGGAGUUGCCACAAAAAAAAAGAAAGAUGCAGUCCCUAAACCACCCCUCUCGCCUCACAAACUCAGCAUCGUCAGAGAGUGUUUGUAUGACAGAAUAGCACAAGAAACUGUGGAUGAAACUGAAAUUGCACAGAGACUCUCCAAAGUCAACAAGUACAUCUGUGAAAAAAUCAUGGAUAUCAAUAAAUCCUGUAAAAAUGAAGAACGAAGGGAAGCAAAAUACAAUUUACAAUAAACUUGGGAUUUUUCAUAAAGCCUUCUCGUGUUCCUUGCGUGGCGUGUGAUUUGCGGGCAGUGGUGCCAUCCAGAUCGGACCUCGCCGUGCGUGAUGGUGUGUGGGCAGGGAGCCAGCAGGGUUCUGGGGUCAGCGGCUUGUUCUGAACUUGGACUUCUCACUGUAAAGAAGGCAGAUGGAUUUGCUGAGACUCAGGCAGCAACCUGGCGCCAGUGUCAUCCUGGGAAUGGGGAAAACGCUGUCUUUUCAGAGGGGGAUAGAGUGUCUCUGAAUUGUCUGUCACUUGACCCAGAGUUGGAACUGGUAUUUUUACCAUUCACGGACUUCUAUUCUCUGUUCCUCUAUUUUGUUCUAUA